GAUUUGUAUCGGUUUGUGCUUGUUUAGUAUGCGGUAGACGAAGGCAUAUCGAAAUAAUAAACAAUUAUGUGGAAAUUAUAAACAAUCUGUAAUUUCAGUUAUAUCGAGUGUGUGUGUGUGUGAAUGUGCGCGUGUAAUUAUGCACAGAGCAGCAGCCAAAUGCGCUCCAAACGGCGGUGAAAGUGUUGUUGUUGCAGCGAAAUUGGUUUUCGUGGCUUGCCGCAGCGGUUGUGGUUCAAUUUGUUGUGGCAUUCGCUCUAGCAGCAACGAUCAAUUUUCCCAAAAAAAGACAACAACAAAGUGAAGUGGAUGAGUAGGGGUGAUAAAAGAAAAGUGCAACAAAAGUGCGGGAGACAAGUGCAUAAUAAAGAAAACAAUUGCCGUUUUUUUCUUUUAAUUAUUUUUCGGUUUCCGUUUUGUUUGCCAAUAAACUUGCAGUGCUGCUUGCGUUUACAGUUACAUACAUACUUACAUACACAUGUAUGUAUGCAUUAUGUAUACGCUAUAAUAAGUUCAAGGAAAGCAGAAAGCAAAAUGCGAGAAACAGAAUGUGCAAUGCAGUAAGAAAAAAAAACGACGCCUGCUGCUUGGGCCUCGCCUCUGUCCAUUUCGUAUUAUGUAAAAAGCGCUCUUUGUUGACUUGUGCACCUGUUUGUGUGUGCGUGCAAUAAAUAUUAAUUCAAUUCAAGUUGCAUGCAAUGAUAAUGUUCAAAACGGAGCCAAAUAAUCGAUGUGCGAAAAUUUGCCGUUGUCGGCUGUGAGCUGGCGCGGGGGCAGCAUUAGCGGCAUUAGCAGCAACAAAGCCACAGCUGAGCGACAGCAGCAGCGUCGGCGUCGCUGUAUGUGUGCGUACAUGUGUUUAUGUGUGCGUGUAUUGGGAGUGAAGGCAAAUAACAACAGUCGCAAUCGGAAGCAGGAGCAGCAACGGAUCUGAAGCAAAUCAACGCAAAUCAAUAUUUAUUAUGUGAAACCCCAACUGAACUGCAAUAAUGUCUAAUUAAAGCAACAAAUUGAAUUGGCAAACAGCAACAAUAAUAAUUGAAUAGCUGUGGCAACCUUGCAAGUUCUUUGCCCUUCUAUUUAUUCGUUUUGUUAAACGCCCACAAAGCACAAAUAAUGGAAUUUUAACAAAGUUACAAAAGUGUACUUCUGGUGCAGGUGCGAGAGGACGACAACCACAUCUAAAAGAAGGGGAAGAGGAUCAGUAGCAGAAGUAUACGCCGGGAGAAUUCAGUUGAGCGGACAGCAGAGGGAGGAGCACAUGAUACCCACUAGCGUCACCAACUCACCGCCAGCCGCUGGCUUGGCACAGAAUGGAGCAGCUGCUGUUGGCGGCACUGCAGCAGCAGCAGCAGCAGCAGCAGCUGCUGCAUCGACGGCGGCAGCACAGCAGAGCAACUACAACUCGAUUGUGCUGGGCCUGGCCUCGCUUAUACUGGAGGGCAGGCCCAUAGCCGAUGAUGAGUACCAAGUGCAGCAGCAGCAGCAGCAGCGACAGCAACAGGUGACGCCAGCGACUAGCAGUGGUCGCCUCUCGCCACGCCCCUCCACAUCGCGGGCAGCCAUCAACAUAACAACGAAUCCGUAUGCAGCCAUGGCAAGUGGCACGCCCCGUUCCGCGUAUACCCAUGCUCACGGAUACGGGCUCGCCUAUGGACAUGGUCAGGGACAGGGACAGGGAUAUGGUUAUGGUGCCAGUGCCAGCGCAAGCAGCAGCAGCAGCAGCAGCAGCAGUGCCACGCAUCAACGUUGGACGCAGAAGCUCUGCCAGCUGCGGCAGGUUUCGCCGGCGGCGCAGACUAUGAGUGCCGAGCCGGAGCUCGUGUCACUGGCGAUUAAUGAGCUGAAUGCGGAUCGGGGCGAUUUUGAGAUUGUGCGUCGCGUCAUGUUGAAUCGUGCUGGAGGAGGUGGCGGAGGCGGAGGCGGAGGAGGUCUAGGGGGAGCAGCUGGAGAGCAGCUAGCUACAAAUAACUCGAGUGCUGCCAGUUCACCCGGCUCCGGCUCUGAUAAUAUUUUGCACUCGCUGCAAUCGCUAGCCACGACCUGUCUGCGCGGCGGACCCGCUGUGUCCACCGAGACGCGACCCCUGAGCCUGGCCCUUGGCUUUGGCUCGCCGACAACAGCACCAACAACUGUGAGUGCCGCCAGUCUGCUGGACUACAACUGCAGCCGGACAAUGCCUGGCGGCAGCGGAUCACCAGGGGGCGGAGGAGGAUACGGGCUGGGAGGAGGAGGAGGAGGAGUAGCAGUUGUAGGAGGAGUAGGAGUAGGAUUAGGAGGUGCAGCAGCCACAUCAACAGCCACUGCCAGCAACAACGCAACUGGAGCCGGAUGCGGAAACGGAACCAGCUCCAGCUGCACCACGCGGCCCAAACACGGGCCACACUGUGAUCAGUUCCUCAGAAAGAUGGGCCUCGCCAAGGGCGAGUCUGCCGACGCUGAGGAGCAUUUCUGUGAUAUGUCUUACGUAAAUAUAACCUGUUCCCGCUGGCGUGCCCACUGCAUGAAGAUGGAGGCCAUCCUGGCGCGCCGGGAGCCCGUCUGCAUCGAGGUGUAUCUGGGCCCCGCUGGCCACAAGAUUCUGCUGGAGCAGUGGAUCAUCAGCGGCAAGGAGAAAGUGCCGCCGCCGACGAUGACGCUGCCGUCGCUGUGCAGCGCGAUUCGCAGCCAGCUUUACUUUUCACAGAUCGUGGCCUGGUGCGAUCUGCUGCGCAAGUGCGAUCCCUCGGUCUAUGACAGCGGGCGCGUCAUCUUUGCCAAUGGCGGCGGCAGCAGCACGGCCGGAGAUCUGGCCGGGCACAGUGCCUCGACGAGCUCGGCUGCGGCUGGGACGCGACGGCCGCGUCUCAACAUCUUCUACAGGAUCCGGCCACAUGACCUGAGCUGCGCGAAUGGCAACCACAACGAUGGCGGCUUCAGUGCCAAGGCGAACGUGCACAACUUUCCGCACGUGAACAUUGCCGAGAACUUCAGCGUGGCGGUCUGCGUCAAGAGUCUUCCGCGCUUCAACGGCGGCCUGCCGCACGUUUCGCCUGCGGUGUCCAAGCCGCGCACACAGCGAGCCGAGCCGGCGGCCAGCACGCCCACAGGCGGCGGGGGCAUGUGCGCGGCCACGCCUACCGGACUGGGCGCACGGAUUGCCAUCAGCACAACGCCGCCGGCAAGCAGCUGUGAUAAGUUUGGAGCUAGGCACCAGCAGGAGCGGGAAGCUGAGGCAGGAGCGGCGGCAGAGGAGGACGGAGCUCGCGAUGAUUUGGACGGUCAUCGGGAAAGGCAGCUGCAAAAGUAUCGCAAGCGUAUGCAGCGCCGGGACAAGAAGCGUGAACGCAAGCCCUCGGAUCAGUUGGAGCACAUGGAACCCAUGGACGAGGGCAACGAGGAGACGCAAACGCAAGCAAUGGUCCUGACGCUGACGGCGCCGCGUCGCAUCGCGAUGAUCUCGACGGGCACACAGACCUCGCUGAGCAGCUGCCAGCAGUGCGGCAGCGAGAAGACCCUGCUCUGCCUCAAUUGCAGCGCCGACGAUGCCGAGCCGAGGACUGGGCGCGAUGAUAAUGAUGACGGCGACGACACUAGCGCCUCGGAAAUGGAGGACUCGUCCAGCUGCAGCCUCAGCAGCUCCGAUCUCAUUGUGGGCACACCGCGCAACAAGGCCGAGCUGCUGCUCCAGGCCAUACAGCGCACGCCAAAGAACCGAAAGCCCACACCAAAAGCAGCAGCAGCAGCAGCAGCAGCGGCAGCAGCAGCGUCUAACGAUCUCAAAGCUGGAAUAGUGCAACAGGGCCAGAGUCGAAACCAGAACAACAACCAGCUGAAGCCAGCGCCAACUAGCGGGUGUCAGGUGUGCAAGCGCCAGAAGACACAGCACAAUUUUGGCGCAGGCAAGGCGACUCCAAAGGAGACGGAGUUGCCGUCGAACGGAACGAACGGUCACGUGGCAGAUAACGAAGGCGAGGGCGCCGACAACAGCAUGGAUCAGGAGUUAGAAGAGAGCGCAUCGACCAAGCUGACGCCGAACAUUGAUCGCUGCUCACUGAACGCUGGCCAGGAACGCUGUCAGACGCCAACAGAUGUGGCUGGCUGUGCCAUGGAUGAGCGCAUUGUGGUGCAGUUCAAGACGCCCAUCAGUCAUGUGCCGCUCAAGCUGCAGGAGUUCCAGACGCAGUCGCAGUCGCAGCCGCAGCAGCAGCAGCAGCAGCCACUUUAUCAGCAGCAGCUGCCGCCGUUGACGGGGCAGCCGACAAAGGCGCCCAAUCAGCUGCGACUGAAUUGCAGCGGCGGCUUGCUGGACAGGGAGACGCCGCCGCCGUUGCUGUCGCCGCUGCUGCGCAAGGCACUGCCCAAAGUCAAUUUGACGACGAUCUUCUGCAGCAGCUCGGCGCCCAUUACCAUUGACAGCGGUCUGGCAUUUUGCUUUGAGCCGCCAGCGCUGAGCUAUGCCCACACGCAGUCGCAAUCACAGUCGCUGCUGACACCGCCGGAGGCGUCCAAUUUGCCCGUGCAGAAGUCCUACUCGGCCCCGACGCUGCCCAAUGCGCUGUCGGUGUCGCCGCGCUUCGCCAAGCAGGCGGCGUUCUACAAGCGUCGCUCGCGACAUCUGAGCGACCGGUCGGACCGCAGCUCGCUGGGCUCCGAUGAGCAGCUGUCGGACGAGGAUCUCGAGUCGGGCAUGUGCAGUCCGGCGGGCUCGCCGCUCAAGACGCGAGCGCGUCUAGCGACACAGUUCGGGGGGCGACCGCUGCUGGGCAACCUGGAGGAGUCGCUGCUGCAGAAGCGUUUGCUGCCCAAGAUCGAAGUGGCCGGCUUUCGUCUGCAGCUGGGCGCCUCGGGUGGCUUCUGUCCCACACAGCUGACCAUUCCGGCCUCCUCGUACUUCUACGAGCUGCACGGCGAGACGCUCAGCACGCCCUAUCUGUGCGAAAUUCGAUUGCCCCGCAAAGGUUACUUUGUGCCGCGAUCGGGCACUGUGCAAGCGACGCUUCUGAAUCCCAUGGGCACUGUGGUGCGCAUGUUUGUCAUACCCUACGACAUGCGCGACAUGCCGCCACUGCAUCGCACCUUUAUACGUCAGCGCAUCCUCGCCGAGGAGCUGCCCGGCGCCAAUCCUUGCGGCGGCGGCAUCAUCAUGCAGCCACAACGGGAAAGGGAGCCGGGCAGCCCAACAGCCAUGAGCACCACCAGCAAACUGGGUCACUUCAUCAGUGCCGAGCAGAUGAAGCGACUGCGCUACUCUAUACACCUGAGGUUCCAGACAUCGCGCUCCGGCCGCCUUUCGCUGCACACGGACAUUCGUCUGCUGAUCUCAAGACGGACGGACUGCGAUACGGCGGCGGCGCACGCCAAGGGCAUGGUGGAGGCGCCCAAUGAGCUGGUGACGGACACGCUGAUGCCGACCGAGCCCAGGUACAGUGCGCGCCAGGAGAGUCCCGGCAAGAUUUAGUAGUUGCUGAGCGCCCUGGGCGUGGCAUGUGUCAACGGCAACUGCGGCGGCAACCUUGUGCGGCGCCUGUGGAAGCAGCUGCAGGCGCGCUGGCAACUCUGGCAGCAAUGCCCCAAGUAUCAACUGUAGAGCAUCGAAAAUUGGGCAGUUCUCUGGACAAGCUUAACAACGGGAAUCGAGACAAAUUUCCGACCAGACGCUGUUUUAUUCUCUGUCUCUCUCUCUCUGUCCCCACGCCCAACACCCCACCACAACUCUGUUUAAGUCAGUUUAAGGCCUCUAGUUUGAAUUUUUGAAAAUUGUGUUAAUGCUAAGCAGAAAGAACAUUGCGAUGUGCAACAACAACAACCUAAAGAUUAAUGCCUCUACUCUCUCUGUCUCUCUCUCUCUCUCUCUCUCUCUCUAUUUCUCUCGCUUUGUGAAGGGGCCAACCACAAGAAAAACAAGCAAAUAUCUCAAUUUACACUGAAUCCCUGAGGAUACACAUUAUUUUGGAAAGGAGCAGCAGCUCCGCAUAGCAAUACUAAGAUGUAGUUACAACCAAUCAUAUGCAAUACGAGUAUAUAGAAACGAGUGCGAGUGAAUAACUAGCGUGUCUGAGUGAGAAUGUGAAUAUAUAUAUGUGAAUGUGAAUGUAUUCAGUGAGCAAUCAGAGCUAGCAGCACAGCAGCCAGUUGCAAGCGAGGGUCAAUCAGUCAAUCAGUCAAUCAGCGAGCUGUAAGCAGAGAGAAUCCAAUCGAAUUCUGAGCUAGAUCUAGUCUCUCACAGAAUGAGGAAGCACUGCUUUAUUUCUAAAACAUUUUUAGGGAAAUCGCAAUGAGUUUUCCUAGCUUAGAUCCUGCCCAGCUUAACUGACGAAUAAGUUUUCGUAUGCAUAAUCCUUUAUAAAUGCGUAUGUAGAGCUUAGAAAUGCAAUCGAUUAAAUGUGUUCAAAGGAAAAUUUAAAGUGAAAACAGAAACAGAAUUUGGGAUGUUGUGCUUGCGGCUGUGUGUGUGAGUGUGUGUGUGUGAAAGAGUGUGUGUUGGCCAGCUCAUAUCGAUCGUUGUUGUUAGCGUUUAGUGUGCGAUUUUCAGUCUAGUUUUCCAAUCAGAUUCCAAUUGAAUUUUCCGAGCCCUUGUUUUUGAAUUUCCCUUUAGUUUCUUUUUUUUUUUUGUUUCUUCUGAGUUUUGCGUGUCUUUGAAAGCGUGCCUGUGAUACGAUAUGAGCUGUCCGUUGAGGUAUUUCAAUAACAUAGGGCUUUAGUUAAAUACAAUUAAACAGUUUUGUUUGUUUGUUUUAUUUGUUUAUUACAACAAAUGCAAUUUACAUUGUAAUUAGUUUGUUUUUGUUCUCAUCUCUUCUGUGUGUGCUUUAACACAUAUGCAAUAAGUGCUUGAAACAUAUAUGUAAAUAGUUUGUUUCCAAUUGGAGCGGGACUAAUCAGUGCCGAUAUUUCCAAUUGGUCCACUUGAUAGUUUGAUCGAGCAGCUUUCAAGCACAACUGUACUUCAAUAGUAUGCUAUAGAUUUGUAUGUAUGUAUGUAUGUACAUACGUCUGUGUUAAAUUCUAAUACUAAACUCUAAUUUCCAUUGAUACCUGACUAUAAACUACGUAUAACUAACUACCGCUAUUAACAAAUUUUCAAUCUAGCUGGUAUACAAAUUAAACAAUAAAGCAAUAAGAAACAAAAUGACAAAAAAAAACAAAAACAAAAACAAAUAAAUAAAACAGUUCCACACGCGAACAAGUGAAACUAACACGAAAAACAGAAGAAUAUAAAAAUAAUAAUAAACAAAAGUGAAUACACAACACACUAAAACAAAAAAAAAAAAAAACAACAAAUCUUUCUUUAUUUGUUCAAUUGUUUUAAGUAGAGAGCUUAAUGUGCCCAGUCAAUAGCAAUUAUAUAACACCAAUAUACAAAAUGAAUCAAAUAAAGGGUUUUGUGUUUUUAAUCCAAA